AGGCACCUUCAGUUUAUUUUAUUGCGUGUCGCGUGGACGCGAUUUCCUAAACAUUAUUUACUUGAAAUAUAAAAGUUCAAUAAUAGACAACAAAUCAGUUUUAAAUACGAGAAUAAUUAAAGUGCUAAGUAGGAAGCGCUUAUCACCUGAUUGCCAGACAUGGAACGCAUAUUGAGAGGAAUUAUGCGCUACCGCAAUACAACUCGCGAGCAAAUGGUCAAAGAAUUUCAGAAAGUUCGUGACAAUCCAGAGCCGAAGGCCGUGUUUUUCACUUGCAUGGACAGUCGAAUGAUACCGACUCGAUAUACAGAUACGCAUGUGGGCGAUAUGUUUGUGGUACGUAAUGCGGGCAAUCUUAUACCACAUGCCCAACAUUUUCAGGACGAAUACUUUAGCUGUGAGCCUGCGGCAUUGGAGCUGGGCUGUGUGGUGAACGACAUUCGGCAUAUUAUUGUGUGUGGCCACAGUGAUUGCAAGGCAAUGAAUCUCCUCUAUCAACUGCGUGAUCCCGAAUUUUCAUCAAAGUUGAACCGCAGAUUGUCUCCUUUGCGUUCGUGGCUAUGCACACAUGCCAACACAAGUCUGGAUAAAUUUCAGGAGUGGCGCAAUGCCGGCAUGAAGGAUCCUUUGAUUUUCUCUUCAGAAACGCCGCUCCGUAGAUUUGUGGCCUACAUAGAUACGGAACAGAAGUUUGCCAUUGAGGACAAGCUAUCGCAGAUCAAUACGCUGCAGCAAAUGUCCAACAUUGCCUCAUAUGGUUUCCUUAAGGCGCGCCUUGAGUCACACGAUUUGCACAUACAUGCGCUGUGGUUCGACAUUUACACAGGCGACAUUUAUUACUUUAGUCGUGGCGCCAAGCGCUUUGUGGCCGUCGAUGAGUCGAGUGUGGAUCAACUGUCGUCGGAGGUGCGACGCUUCUACUCAUAAUCAGUCUACCUAUAACUGCCU